GGUGGUAAAACCUUCAACGUCGGGGGCGCCUUGCUCCACCGCCUCGUGCCAUGUCGCAGGGCUGGCGAGGGGGUUCCCAGCGAUGGCUUACACGCCCAGCGGCUCGCUGCCGCAGGAGAGGCAUUGCUGGAAGCAUUGGGCAGUCGGGAGGUGAGUUGGCAGCCAGCAGCAGCACCGAUAGCGCUGGUUGGUCUCCGUAGCAAAACCUAUGGCCCGCGAUAUCCACAUUUUGACGAUGUAGGUGUUGACCACGGGAAAACACAUUGCUUCCAGGCACUUUGUGUGGAAGGACGCGAAGGCCACUUGACCAGUGCCGUAGCUGCGCUCCAGGUUCAUGUCGGAGAUCCGGGAGAUCCUGAGACCUUGCGUUGGGUGAACUCAGGACAACACAAUUAUCUGGAGGUUUUAGUCCAAAGACCUGACUUUACUCCAUGCUUUCAGAACGAGACCUUCAAACUGACAAGGGAAGACUGGCUGAUUCUUUGCUGGUUUGACACACAGCCUGAUGGUCCCAAGGUGGUAAACUUUGACCUUGAGGUGGCGGCCAUGCUCCACUUUGGAGUGCGUGACAGGCGGCAGCUGCAUCAUCCCCUGCCACCCUUCGUGUGUCAAUGUCUCUUUUUCCAUGACCUGCGCCUUUCAGAGCUGGAGGAGUCGCCAAUCGAUCCAGCCCUGGUCAUGGACAUUGUUUGGAAGGUUUGUGGUGAGGAGAUCCUUCUAGAGGCCUUUGAAAUGGAGGACGCGCUGAUCCCCGCGGGCCAAAGGCACUGGAGGCUCAUUUUUGCCUCAGUGGCAAGUGCCCUGGAUGAGAGGAUGGCUUACGCCUCCUACCAGGCUGUCCGACGAGCUGCUGCUGAGAACUCCAUGUAUAGACAUGUGGACACUUUGUCCAUCAUCAACGUUCCAGAGAUGGAGAACUUCAUUGGAUACUGGAAUGGAGUUCUGCUGGAAAAUGCCAUGCAGCGAACUGGCUUCAUGUAUGGCUACUACUUAGAGGACAAAAACUAUGAUGAGGGUACUCGCGCCAUCAUGGAGGGCAUCUACGAGCCGUCCCAAGAGAUGGUGGGCGAAAUAGCUGAACCUCUGACAGACGACCAAGAGAUGAGCAGGGUAAACAGGAUAGCAGAAGCCCUGGGCCUUGAAUGCAUCGGUUGGGUUUUCACCUCGUUGCCUCUGGAGGAUGACCUUCUGUUGUCCCCGGAGGAGGUACUUCGGAUUGCCAGGCUGCAAAACGAACACUCAACCGAUGCACAUUUUACAAGGUAUGUCCUGUCCAAAUUCGUGACCUGCGCCGUGCGCCCGGACCCUGCAAAUAACGGUGCCCCAAGCGUCAAUCCGUUCAUGGUUUCCGAGCAAGCCUGUGCCAUGCUCCGGGAUGGCAUUCUUAGCAGCGCUCCUUCUGAACGACGCGCCUGCCUGGUGCGUGAGGCAAAGCCAGACGAGCUCAUCCCCGAUUUCGUGGUGGAAGGCAGAUCAGACAAGAAGAUCGCCACCGACUUCUUUAUCGUGCGCGUCAAUGACACUGCGCCGAAGAAGCACCAGCGGAUGUUUACGCAUGCUGACUUCCCAAGAGAAAACCGUCCUACGCAUCCUCAGAGACGGGAAGACUUGAAGAAGUACUUCAACAAAAUUCCGAAAUCUGAGCCAUCAUGGUCGCGCUUCGCCGACUUUCACCUUCUGCUGUACAUUGCGAAGGAAAUCGACGUCGACACUGCGGUGGCCAUCGCAGAAUGCGUCAGGGAUCGGAAGGACAUUCCAGAGGGAGUCACCUUCAUGUUCAACGAGUUGACGCAGUGAGGCAGCGAAUUGACCAGAAAGACUCGAGCUACUGAGCCUGGGUUUCCGUGGCAGUGCGGUCGUGGCAUGAUGUGGCAGUUGCUGGAC